AUGAGAACCUGCCCCACUGCAGCUUUAGAGGCCAUUCUGGACCUUCUACCUCUCCACCUACAAGUUCGUAAAGUUGCUGCCAGCUCAGCAAUUUGUCUACUGAACCACCUUACACCUAUGCCAACUAGUCGGACUGGACAUAUGAGAAUACUUAUAACUGACGGCUUAUGCAACAUUGCUCAACUCUCCAUGGACGCGAUGAAGAUGAAAUUCAACUUUGUGCGCAACUACGAAGCUGUCUAUACAGACAACGAGACGUGGGCACUGGGAGGGCCCCCCUUCAAAAGGGGUGCCCUACAGUGGUACAUCGACGGCGUCAAAACAGCAAAGGGUGGAGCAGGAGCCGGUAUCAGCGGUCCUAACUGCCGCACGUCGAUCUCCAUGGGAGUAACGCCUUCCAUCUUCCAGGCAGAAAUAUCUGCCAUCAACUCUUGCGCCAAGAUCAACCGAGACAAAGAUAUGAAAGGCGCAACAAUUGACAUACUAACAGACAACCGAGCUGCGGUCAAGGCUCUCACAGCCUACUCGUGUGACUCUGCUCUGGUCUGGGAAUGUAUCACUAACCUCAAACUCUUAGCCGAGGAUAACCACGUUACACUCUGGUGGAUUCCGGGGCAUGAGGGCAUUAAAGGUAAUGACGAAGCAGAUGAACUCGCGAAGAAAGAGGCACGCUCACUCCCGAUAGGACCGGAGCCCCUGGUGCGGGGUCAAUGUCAGCCACAUCAAAAAACACUUAACAAUCUGGAGGACGAACUAAAAUCCUCAUAUUGGAGCGACACUAGGGGACUGGCCCAGGCCAAAAAGUUUAUUACCUAUUCGCUACAAAGAACACGGGAUGUACUUUCCUUGGACAAGAGAGACUUAACCACUCUGAUAGGCCUUCUUUCUGGCCACUGUCAACUCAAAUACCACCUCAACACAAUUGGCAAAAUUGAGGAUGACGACUGCCGUUUCUUCAUGGAGACGGCCGAGACGGUUGAGCACAUCAUGUGUGACUGCCCGGCUAUCGGCCAUCUCAGGCAAGAAUUUAUGGGAGGGGUACUCAUCACCCCUGACCAAAUCAAGGAGUUAGAUCCCCGGCGGGUCGUGAGGUUUUUCAAAAGCCUUGACCUAACGCAACUUUAA